GCAGGUCUUUUCCUACCCAUUACCUCUGGUUCUCCUCGACUUCCGGGGCUCUUUGCUCCAACCACAUUCCGCAUUAUUCGCUGGGUCGCUCCGAUGGCUUUGCACUACACGCCAACGCCAGCGUUCGCAGCACCCGCGGCGUCCGACACCGCCAUACCAGAGGAAGAAGAGUACUACUCGUCCUGGUCUCUCUUUCUCGUCUGCGGGCUCCUGAUUCUCUCGCUGUGCACGUCCUACUACCUCCAGAUCAAGCGCAUACGUGCCAUCCAUGAAACUCUGGUAGCCAUUCUUUCCGGGAUGUUCGUAGGUCUGGUAGUACGACUGGCACCAGGCACUGAGAUACGGAACAUGCUAACGUUCAGACAUACGUUGUUCUUCAACCUCCUGUUGCCCCCAAUCAUCCUCAAUUCAGGAUACGAGCUGAAGCAGGAGAAUUUCUUUCGUAACUUCGGCUCGAUCCUUGUCUUCGCGUUCUUUGGAACGUUCGUCUCCGCCAUAGGCGUAGGGGUAAUAGUGUUCAUCUGGUCACAACUAGGGUUGGAAUCUCUCAAUCUCAGCCUCAUUGAAUGUCUUGUAUUCGGUUCAACUCUGUCUGCGACAGACCCCGUCACUAUUCUGGCAAUCUUCAAUCAGUACAAGGUCGAUCCCAAGCUAUACACUGUCAUCUUCGGAGAGUCUCUAUUGAACGAUGCAGUCAGUAUCGUCAUGUAUGAGACGUUGUCCCAAUUUCAUGGAUCGGACUUCUCGGUCGCGCACCUCUUCCAUGGAGUGGGCAUCUUCUUACUGUCAUUUGGCUCGUCCAUGGCCCUUGGUGUGGUCUUCGGCCUCGCGAUGUCGCUCCUCCUCAAACAUUCCUCGCUUUCCCUCUAUCCUCAAAUCGAGACAUGUCUCGUGGCCCUCUCCGCGUACACGUGCUACUUCUUUUCGAACGGCAUGUCUAUGUCCGGUAUCGUCUCGCUCCUAUUCUGUGGCAUCACGCUCAAGCAUUAUGCGUACCACACGAUGUCAAGGCGCACACAGCGUGCAACGAAGUACAUCUUCUCGACCCUCGCGCAGCUAUCGGAGAACUUCAUCUUCGUCUAUCUCGGCCUGUCGCUUUUCACGAGUCCGCCGUCGUCCGCAAAGGUGACGAGCUACUUCAAGCCGCUUUUCAUUAUCGUCACCACCGUCGCAGUCGUCUUCACGCGAUACGCCGCCGUGUUUCCACUCUCGGAGAUGAUCAACUUCUUUCAACGCCAUGCCCGCGGACAACGCCAGGAGGAACUUCCGCAUUCGUACCAGAUGAUGCUAUUUUGGGCAGGCCUCCGCGGAGCGGUCGGUGUUGCGCUCGCUGCAGGCUUCAAGGGCGAAAACGCGCAAUCCAUGCGCACAACCGUUCUCGUCGUGGUCGUGCUUACCGUGGUCAUGUUCGGGGGCACGACUGCGCGGAUGCUGGAGGUCCUCGGGAUCCGUACCGGUGUCGAAGACGACGAAGCGGGCAGUAGCGACGAGGAAGAGGACCUCCGCAGCCAAUACUUCAGGCGCUCGGGGCGCUUCUCCCGCUUCGCUGAGGAAGAGAGUUACUUCGCAGGGCAGCAGGUACGCCCGCAGCGGACUGGGACCAUCCACAGUGAACCGCAGAUCUACAACCACCAAGCGCAGAACAACCUCUUGAGUAACUCCGUCUUUUCUGCCGCCUCGUCGGAAGAAUACGACUCGGAUGGCGGAGAGGUCCUCCCACUCGCGCCUACUGCGACUACCCCUCCUGGUAGUCCGCCCAACGGCAGACGGAAGUCACGAGACGGUGCAGCAGUGCCCGCGACCAGCGAAGAGGGCAAGUGGUUCCAAGCGCUCGACGAGCGGUACCUCCUCCCGCUCUUCUCGAACGCCACGGCGAGUCGCUCCUUCCACGCGCGGAGGAUGCGCAAGAGCGGGACAUCACCUACGCCAGCGAGCGCAUCUGCGAGCAGGUAUGGGACCCCUGGCGCAUCCGACGAUGAACUUGACGACGGGCCGGAGGUCGACCUGACGCGGAUGGUGCAGGCGGAAGCGGGAGCUAGUGGGCAAGCAAGCGCCCAUCCGUUCCCGCCGACACCUGGGGUGAUGAACGAAAGCAGAGUCGAGCGAGGGCUGAACAGUCCGAUGAUGCGGAACCCGAGGGAUAGCGAGGGGCAGAAUCGGGAGAGGGUGCCGUCGCGGGGCUCGGAUCAUUGAUCGUGAGUACACUCGGUUUGUGUGCGGACAGAGGGUUGAGAAGAGCGAUAGAUCCGUGGUUCUUGCCUAGAUGUAGCUCAUCUGUGACCUAGUAUACAUUUACUGAUAUCUUAUGUUUUCGUAUUCGCCGGCGCCACGAAGCCGUGCGGCAGG